AUGUUCUCGUUUCAGGCUUUGUCACCAUCGAUAACGCCUUCGCAACAAAACAGCGCUUACCCUGCAAGUGCCUAUCACGGUGGAUCUCAGAACGGUGGAGAAAAAGCCUCAUUUACCGGACUCGAUAACGGAGCUUUUCAAGAAGCAGAAGUGGAUUUGUCCGUUCAACCAUCUUGUGCACCUGCGACUACGGAAGGCUCAUUACCCAGUAAAUGGUCCGUUUCACUGAGUGACUUCCGUCUUCUCACUGUUAUCGGUCGUGGCUCUUAUGCGAAGGUGGUGCAAGCGGAACACAUAAAAACGAAAGAAAUUUAUGCCAUAAAGAUAAUCAAAAAACAAAUGUUCAAUGAAGAUGAGGACAUUGAUUGGGUGCAAACGGAAAAAUCAGUGUUCGAAGCCGCUUCGAACUAUCCUUUCCUAGUAGGGCUGCACUCUUGUUUUCAGGGGCCUAAUUUUGUAGACUCGAAUUAUAAGACCGGAAUCACGACUCAUUCUUGUAACAUUGAGUUUGUACCUGGUGGAGAUUUGAUGUUUCACAUGCAGCGUCAGCGUAAACUUCCUGAAGACCAUGCACGAUUCUACUCGUGUGAAAUCAUCCUGGCUCUACACUUCCUUCAUUCCCGUGGCAUCAUUUAUCGUGAUUUGAAAAAGCUCGAUAAUGUGUUGAUUGAUGCAGAAGGGCACGUAAAGCUCACAGAUUACGGAAUGUGUAAGGAGAACAUUGGGCCAGGAGAUGUCACGUCUACGUUUUGCGGCACACCAAACUACAUUGCACCGGAAAUCCUUCGGGGUGAAGACUACGGUUUCAGUGUCGAUUGGUGGGCUCUUGGUGUGCUCAUGUACGAAAUGAUGGCUGGUCGUUCCCCCUUCGACAUAGUUGGUGCUGCCGGUGAUCCUGAUCAAAACACAGAGGACUAUCUUUUCCAAAUUAUUCUUGAGAAACAGAUCAGGAUACCUCGCAGUUUAUCCGUCAAAGCUGCUUCAGUGCUAAAGCAGUUCUUGAAUAAGGACCCGUCAGAACGACUGGGAUGUCGAACAGACAUUGAAGAAUCGUUGACAGAAAUGAAAGAACAUCCCUUCUUUCAAAAACACACUGGGUUUGAAAAAAAAAAAAACCCCUUUGGAAAAGGCCGGCCUCCCUAUAAUCCGUCCGUGGAGAAUGAUCGCGAUCUUCAACACUUCGACACCCAGUUCACAGAUGAGGCUCCAAAUUUGACUCCUGAUGACCCGAACGUCAUCGCCAAAAUUGACCAAAGCGAGUUCGAUGGAUUUGAAUAUGUGAAUCCAUUGCAAAUGAGCAAAGAAGACGCUGUGUAG